AUGAGAUCACCACUUUUGGAAGAAUUUAGAAACUCAAAGCAAAAGAAGUAUGAAUUAAGGGAUCUCGCUGGCCAUAUUGUAGAAUUCAGUGGAGAUCAACAUGGGUCAAGGUUUAUUCAGCAAAAGCUAGAGACUGCAAGCAGCGAUGAAAAGGAAAUGGUGUUUCAAGAGGUUCUGCCCAAUGCUUUACAAUUGAUGACAGACGUGUUUGGAAACUAUGUAUUACAAAAAUUCUUUGAACAUGGUAAUCAAGUUCACAAGACUAUACUUGCAAAGCAAAUGGAGGGUCACGUUCUAUCAUUAUCAUUACAAAUGUAUGGAUGUCGAGUCGUCCAGAAGGCUUUAGAAUAUGUAUUGACAGAGCAGCAAGCUACACUCGUGAAAGAGCUGGAUGGUUGUGUGUUGAAAUGUAUCAAGGACCAAAAUGGCAAUCAUGUCAUUCAGAAGGCUAUUGAACGAGUACCUGCUCAACAUAUACAGUUUAUCAUUGAAGCCUUUCAUGGACAAGUAUAUCAACUUGCCACCCAUCCUUAUGGUUGUAGAGUGAUCCAACGCAUGUUUGAACAUUGCACAGAGGAACAAACAAAGUCUAUUUUAAAGGAAUUACACGGGUUUACAAAUGCAUUGAUUCAAGAUCAAUAUGGAAAUUAUGUCAUUCAACAUAUAUUGGAACGCGGAAAAGAUCAAGACAAGACCAAGAUUAUGAAAAAGAUAUCAGGUCGUAUUCUUUCUUUGAGCAAACACAAAUUUGCAAGCAACGUUGUUGAAAAAUGCUUUGAACAUGGAACAGAAGUAGACAAGCAAAGCUUUAUUGACGAAAUAACCGAGUCUUCUUCAGACGGACUUUGCCCACUCGUCAUUAUGAUGAAGGAUCAAUAUGCAAAUUAUGUAGUGCAAAGGAUGUUGGAUGUAGUCAAUGAUAAACAACGUAAAGUUUUGAUUGAAAAGAUUAGGCCUCACCUAUAUUCUUUAAAGAAAUAUACUUAUGGAAAACAUCUUAUUCAAAGUAUGAUCAUAUACCAAGCAUAG